GAGAAGCCUUUUUGCCACGCCUGACGAUGCAACCUCGGGAUCGAUGCCUCCUUAAUAUGAACCCCGGAGGCUGAAAUCGAGAAAUUCUUUUUCGGCUUGUAAGCAGCUUCUCCGUUUCCGGACAGACACGUCAUCUUCUGGCCAAAGCCAUCCCAAUGCAGGCCCUUGUGCACACCCAGCAGCUGCUGUGGACCCCGGGUGCCAUGUCUUCUGUGAGCUCUUCGUCCACCUUCCGCUCCGAACACAUCAGUACCUAUACGCCAAGCAAGCCUCGCUUCGAGCCCCUGCUGGACCCUCCCCAUGGGAUCUUUGGUGCUGGGAGAACCCGGGAGCCCUAUGGGUAUUCAGGCUCCCCACCGUCGGUCCAUUCCUCAGCCCUGGGCAGCAGCAACGUGGUGGCCAGUGGGAACAAGUACCAGGUCAUUACGGACCUCAGCCAGUUUGAACCUCAAGAUAUCGUGGUGACUUCCUACAACUACUGCAUUGUCAUCCAAGCCGAGAAGAUGGCAGAAGAUGGCAUUGUUUCCAAUACCUUCACCCACAAGUGCCAGCUGCCAGCAGACAUGGAUCCUCUGUCCGUCAGUUGCUCCUUGAACGAUGGCAAGUUGAUCAUCACGGCUAGGAGGCAACUACUGUCCCCAUCACCUCUGUAUCGUACGGAGGUGAAGCUCUAAGUGUACCCCUCUCCCCCAAGAUAGUGCAGCAGCCCCCCUAGAUGUGAUUGAUUCUUACUUCGAUUUGUGGGCAUCCCUUCUGCCACACCAUGCCAGACCAUACACCACGUGUAGGUGCUGGCCUUCCUUCCUUCCCCUUAGAUUCCCCUUCUGUUGGGUAGAAGGGAAAACUCUAUGUGCAGACAGAGAGAGAGACAGACAGAGAAAAUGGUCCAUGGGCUGGCUAUGAAAUGACUGAGAUCCUCCAUCGUUGGCAGAUGCAACACAACCGCUUCUAAGGAAAACAUGUCCUGAGAUCUGGAAGCUCCAAGCUUGGGGGGCAUUUGAAAUUUGGACAAUAUCUUACAGUAAAAAUAUGAGAACAGGGUUGCAGCAACUUGGAUGAUGAGGUGACAGGAAAGAGAACACUUUCGUGUCACCUGGAGGGAUCUGGAUGAUAACCUGGCCUUAGCAGUGUUUCUCAACCUUGACAACUUGAAGAUGUGUGGACUUCAACUCCCAGAA